AUGGUCCCUGGGAAAAUUGAGUUGCAGAAGCAGAAGUAUAAUGGUGAUAGUAAAAAAGUGAAGGACGUGAAAAGUAAGAGAUUCUUGUUGCUAGUAUCAUUGACACUGCGCUCAAAUCCUAAAUAUGCCCGUGAAGGCCGGCUUCCGGUUCUUGGUUCUGAUGUGAAUGAUUUUGUUCUCUAUUGUGCAGAUGCAGGACUCGGUGGUUUAAAGAUCGCAUUUCCUAUUGUUCAAAUUUGUUUCUUUUUAAUUGUAAUUGAUCGGUCCUUGAUAAUUGAUAUUGUAAAUGAUUUGACUAAUUUCGAGAAAUGCAUAGAGGAAGAAAGACAAGCACUCCUCAAAUUCAAACAAGGCCUUCAACAUAAUUACGGUAUGCCCUCUUCUUGGGGCAGUCAUGAGGGAGAUUGUUGCAAAUGGGAAGGAAUUGAAUGCAGCAACCGAACAGGUCAUGUUGUCGCACUUGAUCUAAGAGACUUACGUCUAGGUAAUUGUGAGCUCUCCAUGCCUGCUCCUCCUGUGCUUUCCAGUGCUAUUAAUUCUUCUUCACCACUUUCAUUCCUUGAUCUCUCUGCUCUAGUUUAUCUUGACCUCUCUUAUAACCUGUUAGAAGAUUCUAUUCCAGAAAUGUUUGGGAAUAUGGAAGCUCUUGUUCAUCUUGACCUCAGUCAAAACAUGUUAGAAGGUUCUAUUCCAGAAGCGUUUGGGAAUAUGGUAGGUUUUGUUCAACUUGACCUCUCUUACAACAACCUUCAAGGGGCGAUGCCGGAUCUUACAAAAUUAUCCUUGUUGAGAGAGUUGAGUCUGUCCAACAAUCAGUUAAAUGAGAGUUUAGACAAUGUUCUAGGAAAACAUUCCAAGCUUCAUGCGCUGGAUGUGUCUUUCAAUUCCUUCAAAGGAUUUCAUCUUGAGUAUGAUAAAAUUCUUGGACAAGUGAAAGUAAUUGAUCUUUCAAGUAAUAAAUUGAAAGGAGAAAUUCCAAUAGAAAUAACAACUCUCGUGGAAUUGAUUGGAUUGAACCUAUCUAGAAAUUUGAUGUUUGGCAUCAUCCCUCAAAGUAUUGGUGACAUGGAGAGAUUAGAGUCUCUAGACUUCUCAAGCAAUCACCUUUUUGGUGUAAUUCCCCCAAGCCUCACUAAUUUGAACUUUUUGGAAUAUUUGAAUUUGUCGAACAACAAUUUAUCAAGUAGAAUCCCAGCAAGUACCCAACUCCAAAGCUUCAAUGCUUAUUCAUAUGCAAGUAACCGAUAUCUUUGUGGGUUGCCUCUUUUGAAAAUGUGUCUCGGAGAUGAAGCACCUCAAGGUCCUCGAAUUGGUAACACACAUAGAGAAAGCAAUAUUCAAGAACAUGCAAACUCUCACGAACAUCUAUGGUUCUUCCAUUCCUCCCUAAGGAAGAGGCAGAGGAAUGCAGGGGGCUCGUUGAUAUGGUCUAAUCGCACGCAAUAA